CAGUGCUCGGCUGCUGACAGUCUCUGCAACACUGACAGGACGAGCUCAUGCUGCAGCUUCUCUGCUUUUCCUCUCCGUUUCCUCAAAGUUGGCGCUGAUUUCACUUUCAGGAGGUGAAAAGCGUGAAGACGCAACUGUCUGGAGGAAAUUAUGAGGAAGGCAGAGCUGUGAUUUUUGUUGCUUUUCACUUCUGAGGCAGAAGUUUCGGAGGGGAUGGAAAACAAAGCCAUGUAUCUGAGCACAAAUGAGGAAAGAGAGAGCGGCUCCAUGUAUGAGGAAGUCUACGAUGGACACAACUUGUCCAAACUCAACCUUUGCGAUGAAGUGUGCGCAAAGCGCCGCAGGAAGCAGGACCAGCACUGCAGUCUCCUGAACUCCCUGUCCGCCAUCAAAUAUGCGAUUGUGUCCUUGUACGUCCUGGUUCUGCUGACCAUCUUUGGACUCUGCUUGGCAGUGUCCCGGUCCCAGGUUUCCUCCCAGCGCCAGGAGGUUCUGAUGGAGAACGUGACUCGGAUGUCGGACCACGCCGGCGUCCUCCAGCAGACACUGGGUGAGGCGUCCACGCAGGCCGACCUGCUGGAAAACAUCUGGAAGCUGGAAAGCAUCUUCCAGAACCACAGCAGCUGGCUGCAGCGGCUGGAGAUCCUCAUCAAGGGUCUGGAGGUCGAUCUGAGGAGCAUCCAGGCGAACUCUCUGCAGUCAGAAGGUUACCUGGUCCAGCUGGACGACCGUCUGUCCUCCUUCAGCAGCUCCGCCAGCAGGAACCUGACCGUCCUGAGCGUGGACGUGGCCCGGACCUCCAGGUGGCUCCGCGACCACGACGUCCUGCUGAGGGACGCAUCAGGACAUUUGAAUGGACUCAGAGAGAAACUAGACGAAGUCAACUGGACUGUUGGAGCUGUAAAUCACACCUUCACCAACGACAUCAGCAUUCAUCACCUUAAAAUAAAAGACCUGCAGAUACAGAUCCACAACAUCACAGACGACACCAGCAGUUUAUGGGUGACGCACAUCCACACGGAGACGCAGCUGAGGAACGAGAUGGAGAUCCUGAACUCGAUCACCGAGGAUCUGCGGCUCAGGGACUGGGAGCACUCCAUGACCUUGAAGAACCUCACCACUCUCGAAGGACCCCCAGGCCCGAAGGGUGAAAAGGGAGACGUUGGACCAACGGGCCAUCCUGGCGUUCCUGGGAUCUCUGGCCUACAAGGACUUGCAGGAGAGAAGGGAAUGCAAGGCCCCCGAGGCGUGCAAGGAUCUCCUGGGGCCGACGGUCCACGGGGAGAGAAGGGUGAACGCGGACCAGUUGGGCCUAAAGGUGACAGAGGAGAUAGAGGCUUUAAAGGGGAGAAAGGUGAUCGAGGCGACAGAGGAGAACGAACAAUCCAGGAGGCUCUGGUGCGUUUGGUGAACGGGUCGGGUCCCCAUGAGGGACGCGUGGAGGUGUUUCACGAGAGCCGAUGGGGGACGGUGUGUGACGACGUCUGGGACAAAAAGGAUGGAGACGUCGUCUGUCGGAUGCUGGGAUACAGAGAAGCAACGGAGGUCCAUAAGACCGGCCGUUUUGGACAGGGUACUGGUGUGAUCUGGAUGGACGACGUUGCUUGCAUUGGGACUGAAGUAACCAUCCAGCAGUGUAAGUUUUCCGGAUGGGCCAAAACGAACUGCGGCCAUGUUGAGGACGCCGGCGUAACCUGUGCAGUGUGAACAUGCAGGAUCAUUGAUGUCGUGUUGUUUUUUUUUAUACCACUUUUUCUUUUACAAGGAGUGCCUUUUUAUCAGUAUUGUUGCUCACUUACCACCAAAAAGUGCCACCUAACCAGAUAAAAACUCAUUUUUUUAUGAACUUUUAUGGGUUUAUGAGAAGUACACAAACUGAAGAACCGUGUUAUUUUUCAUGACCUGCACUUGCAGAGCACGGAUUGCAUGGCUGUUUGAUUCCUUCUGCUUACCGUAUAAGUAGAAGAGAAACUGAAUCUCAGUUCUGGAUAUUUUGACUGAAGAGGGACUUUCACAAAUCAUUUUACCCACCUAAAAACAAGGAUGAGGAAAAACAGGCUGUCAGUGAUUUGACUUUCCUUCAGCAGCAGCUGCUCCUUCCAGCAAAAUGUGCAAAGGGCUUUUACAGAGUGUGAUGGAUUUACGUACUUUCUUACCUUUCAACCUUGUAUAACACUUAAAGUUUGAAGGUCAAAAGACGCUUCAAAGCAUGCAGAAAAAAAAACAAUAAUCUUCCUCCUUUCAGUUUAGUUUUUAUUGAGGUCAUUUAAAAUAAUAGUUUUCAAAAAGGCUGACAUUUAUUUAAUCGUUUAAAGUGGUCUUGAUCUAAUUGCUUUCCAGACUUUUUAAAGGUAUUUUAAAUAUUUGUAUGGAAACUGGAUGCUUUUUUAACUCAUUUGUGGUCAUAAUUAUAUAAUUAUGAACACUGCUGUGUGUUAUUUUAAAAAAAGAAACAAGAAACUUGUGGUGGAUAAAAGAAUAAUAUCAAAAAGGUUUUCAUUAAACCUGUCGGCCAUGACCACUUUAAAAACAAUCCAAGUAAAUCUGAACGGAAAAUAUGGAUAACUUGCACUGUUUUUGCUGUUUGUUUGUUUCAGUCUCUCAAGAUCUAAUCUCCUGUUUACUGGGAUUUAUUUAGUGGAACCUCAUUUAGUUAAUAUCUCCAUAUACUGUGUAUACAGAAUACAUUUUUGCUAAUAUGCAGUGCCUUGCAAAAAUAUCCCACUGUAUUUACAAUUUAGGUGACUUCUGAAGGCAAGUGGUGGCACUGUACUUUAAUUUAGGGGUAUCAGAGUUGCAGGGGGUGAAUUAAAAUGUACACUGCUGUUUACAGAUUUUUAUUAAUAAAAGAAAUUUAGAAACUAUGCUUUUUUUUUUCUUCUAUUCUAAUACCUUAAAUCCACAAAUGUGGGUUUCAUAUUCUAUCCAGUAAAUAAAUGUCAACUGCAUUUUUAUACUCUUAAGGGUUAACGGUAACUCCGGUUAACAGAUGAUAAUAAGAAAGAGCAGAUGAGUAUAAACAGAUGGAUGGACGCCUGCCUUGCCUGGCUUAUAAUGGUUGGGCUGUGAAUCUAACAAACGUUGGCUUGCUUUAGCGUCACUUCUCACUCCAGACAAACCACAGUAAUCUGCUUCAGCAGUUUGUAUUUCUCUCAGUUGGAUAUCAUCUUCAUGGCUGAUCGAAAAUCCGAAACGCCGAGCCACCUCCCAUGUGGUUCUUGAGCUGAUUGGGAGGAAACUUAUGCAGGAAUUUGAACCUGAUUCUUGCUCGCCUUGAAAUUUGGCAAAUUCGAAAACCUCACAUUGCUCCAAAGAUAUAUAUUAUACCUAUUUUUUUUUUCUUUAAAAGUUUGUGUGCAACACAUGAAAUAUUGGAUUUUAAUUUUACUUUUUGUUCUGGUAGCAAUCAGAAACAGCAGCUCUGUUUGUCAAAGUCUGUGUUUUAAAUAGAGAUCCUGCAACAGGAGGCAAAUUGUAGCAAACUGGUGAAAUAAAGUGUUUGUUUUGCAAACAUUA